AUGGCUGCCGAAAAGAAGGCUUCCAAGAAGUCGAGCGGCGACAAGAAGCAGAAGAAAGCAGCCGCUUUGACAAACGUCCAGGCACCGCUUGACGUAGUGAAGACGUUCCUUGAGCAGCAGGGGGAGAAGAACGCUGCCAGCAAGCUUGAGGAGUUUGCGCAAUGGGAGAAGAAUGGUGCGCCCACCAAGACCCAGGAUGCGCCUGAGCCAAUGGACGUAGACGCGGAAAGCGCGUCCAGCAGUGACUCUAGCAGCGAUUCCAGCAGCGACUCGAGCAGCGACUCGAGCAGCGACUCGAGCAGCGACUCGAGCAGCGAAUCUGAGGCUGAGGAAAAGACAAAGAAGGCCAAGAAGACUGCUGGGAAGAAGGCGCCCGCCAAGGAAGAUGCUUCCAGCUCAUCGAGUUCCUCAGACUCCAGCUCCGACUCGUCCAGCUCAAGCUCCGAUUCUGACUCUGACUCUGAGGAAGAAAGCGCACCACCCAAAGCCAAAACCAUAGUGAAGAAGGCGAAGAAGGCCAAGUCCGUCUCCUCAUCCUCUGCGUCUUCCUCCAGCGACUCGAGCGACUCGAGCGACUCUGAUAGCAGCUCCGACAGCAGUUCCGAAGACGAGCCUGCGAACAUCCCUCUUCCCGACUCCGAUUCUUCCGAUGCCUCCAGCGAUUCAUCUUCGAGCGACUCAGACAGCGAUUCCAGCGAUUCCAGCGAUUCCAGUGGUUCGUCUAGCGACAGUAGCUCCGACUCGGAAGCUGAGAAGAAGGACAACAAGGCAAAGAAGAGCAAGAAGGCUGCUUCCGUCUCAUCAUCGUCUGCCUCGAGCUCUUCAGACUCUUCAGACUCGAGCGAUUCCAGCGACUCUGACAGUUCCUCUGACGAGGAGCCAGCCAAGACAAAGAAAACAAAGAAGAGUGGGAAGAAAGCUUCCACACCCUCAUCUUCAAGCGAUUCCAGUUCCUCCGAUAGCUCUUCGGACAGCUCCUCCGACUCAGACAGCUCUUCAGACUCCGACUCCGACAAAGAGACGAAACCCGCCGCACUCGAGCGUAAGACCUCCGGCAGCGACUCAUCUGCAACCCUCCCAGCAGCAUCCCCCCAGCCCACCAACAACAAGCGCAAAGCCAGCUCUCCUUCCGAAGACGCUCCCAAAUCGAAGAGAAGCCACGUCGAGAACCGCUUCCAGCGCAUCAAGCCCGACGUGAAAGUCGACCCUAAGCUCGCAAGCAACGCUUACGUUUCUUAUGAUUACGCCGACCGCGCACACGCCAAGUUGAUUGUUACCAAGGGCAAGGGCUUCACCAAGGAGAAGAACAAGGGAAAGAGGGGAUCUUACAGGGGUGGCAUGAUUGAUACCUCUGGUGGAAAGGGUAUCAAGUUUGAGGAUUAA